AUUCUUUCAGGUACUUAAAGGCAAAGGAUGGCUUUCUGGAGUGAGAUAGUGAAAUUGCAACAGUUCCUUCCUCAGUUCCAGGCGUUGUAUGCACAGCGAUUCCCCAUUGAGGUCCGGCACUACCUUGCUGAAUGGAUAGAACAGCAGCCAUGGAAUUCCAUUCAUAUAAACCCUGCUAAUGAAAGUCUUGCUCGAAAUCUCUUGGACACGAUGGUAUCUGAAUUACAGAAAGUGUCAAGUCGUAUGUCCUAUCCAGUGACACGCAAGCUCAAUGAAUAUGCUGUUGUUCUCAAGAAAACAUUUGAUCAGCAGCCAUUAGAACUGGUGAAUAUUAUGAACUGUCUCUUGAUGCAGGAAAAUCAAUUAUUCCAGGAACUUCGGCAAACUCAUAAGAGAAAUUACAGCAUCUUGGAAGCGGUGAGAUCUCUGGAACAGGUCCAGGGCCAUGUGCUGAAUAUGAUUCAGGACUGGAAACGACGACUACAGCUGUCAGGAAAUGGUGCCUACUUUGAGGACAACCUGGGGUCACUUCAGGAAUGGUGUGAUAAGCUUGCAGAAAUGAACUGUCAAAUUCAGCAAGAGCUUGGGCUGAUUAGCACACAGGAAGACGUUGCUAGUGACCAUAUAUCAGGAGUGCCUGAGAGACUCUCCUCUUUACUCAGUAACUUGGUCAGAAGUGCAUUUCUUGUGGAAAAGCAGCCUCCACAGGUACUAAAGACUCAAAGUAAGUUUUCUUCAACUGUUCGCUUUUUGCUUGGGUUGAAGUUAAAUGCCCCAACAAAGCCUCCUGUUGUGAAAGCCAUAAUCAUUACGGAACAACAGGCCAGAGUUAUGAGACAGCAUGGGAACAUACACAGUGAAAACACAGGAGAGAUCAUGAACAAUACCAGCUUAUUGGAGUUUAGCAAUGCUACAAAAACCACCAGUGCCAGCUUCAGGAAUAUGUCAUUAAAGAAAAUCAAACGGUCGGACCGCAGAGGGACUGAGUCAGUGACUGAGGAAAAGUUUGCUGUUCUAUUUUCUUCUGAACUCAGCAUCACAGGCAGUGAAAUGAAAUACCACGUUCAGGCUAUAUCAUUGCCUAUUGUCGUGAUUGUUCACGGCAGUCAAGACAACAAUGCUACUGCUACAAUUUUGUGGGACAAUGCAUUCUCUGAAAUAGAAAGAUUGCCAUUCCACGUACCAGAUAGAGUGUCAUGGUCUCAAAUGUGCGAAACCCUCAAUAUGAAGUUUAUGGCAGAGGUACAGUCAACACAGGGCUUGUGCAAAGAGCAUUUUGUCUUCCUGGCACAGAAAAUCUUUGAUGAGCAGAGCUAUGGCAUGGAGGACUUCACCAACCGUAUGGUCUCUUGGUCUCAGUUUAACAAGGAAAAUCUCCCCGGAAGAACCUUUACAUUUUGGCAAUGGUUUGAUGGUGUGAUGGAGCUCACAAAGAAACACCUGAAGGAUUACUGGAAUAAUGGAUUAAUCCUCGGUUUUGUAAGUAAGCAGUAUGCCAACAGACUGCUUAAUCAACGAGUAAAUGGGACCUUUUUGCUGCGCUUUAGUGAUUCUGAGAUUGGAGGCAUUACAAUAGCAUGGAUUGAUGACUCUGAGAAAGGUGGCAGACAGGUGUACAAUGUUCAGCCUUUCACUACAAAGGAUUUAACUAUUCGAUCGCUGGGAGAUCGUGUCCGAGAUAUUGAACGUCUGCUUUAUCUGUAUCCCAGCAGACCCAAAGAUGAAGCCUUCAAAAAGUACUACACAAAGGAAGUGAAGGGAAAAGAUGGGUAUCUCCAUGCUGGAGUAAAAACUACAGUGAAUGGUGAACAAACACAAGUGGUGGCGCAACCCAUGGUCCCCUCACCAGUGUCGCAGUCUUGUGUGGCGUGUACAAUGCCUGAAAUGCCAGGGUGGCCACAGGUUCCAUGCAAUCCAAGUAACAUCAGCUAUGAUAAGGGUGAUGCUGCAGUUAACUCUUCAAUUUCAUUACCUCCUAAUAUGAUGUUACCAACAAACCAGGAUGACGAUUUUACGAAUGCAAUUCAGGGCAGCCAUCUCGUUAACUCAUUUGGAAGUGAGAAUGACUUGGACAUGAAUUUUGACGAUGAUCAGCAGUUUGUAAGAGGUAUGGAAAACAUUCCGGUACCUUCGGAGUUUGAGCUGAACGCACUCCUGAACACAGUGGAUAUGUCUCUCGUAAAUUCAACUGAGUUUUAAAUGCCUGUCAGCUUAGGAAAGAAGAUUCUCAAAUGCCAAGUUAUGCAGGCGGCUGUUUGUCACAAAAAGGGUUAAUUUUGUCAAUUGUGAACUUUUGAGCUAAGAUUUCUGUUCACUUUUUUUUUGCAUUUUCCUGUACAAACUGCAAAAUAAGAGCGAUUUGCUGUUUAACCAACCAACCAAUCUAACCAACUGUUUUAAUAGACAAAUUUCCUGUCUUUCCCAGUGAGGGAAAUAUCUACCUCCUUGUGGUGCCUGGUGCAACAGAAAUGUUGAUGCUAGCUUCUCAAUUUCAACAGCAUUUUUGUGUGGAGAUGCUGAGUGGAGGGCAGGCAAUUUUGUUCAUACAUGGCUGAAGAAACAGUUGGAAUGUUUGGAGACCUUGGGUAUUUAAAAUGGAAAUGAAAUUGAACAUAAAUUUUUGUUAGUGUAGGAAACUUGGUAGAAUCAAAUCUGCUUAAAUCCAAUGUAUUAAUGAUUCCUAUAAGAUGUCAGCUCAAUUUAGUCCAGAGUGAAGUAAACAAGUUUGUAAGACUGAAAAUUGACUUCAUGUACUGAGAAGUUGUUGUAGGCUGAGAGUUUGAGAUCUAUUAAUUUUAAGUAGCUAACACAAGCUGAUGUGUUUUUAUAGCACCUAGCAAAUCUGCAUAAUAUUUUACUGAUGACUUGUGUUUGUACAAAAAAAUUGAAUUAAGUAUCGCAGAUAAUGCAAAGUGGAAAUGUAGUAUUUUAUGUGGUAUUUGAUUGAAAUUAACAAGACAAUUCAAAGCAAUGCAAUUUCUCCUAGCCUGAAAUAGUUCCCCAUCUAUUGACAGUCACACUGUAGUGCAAAUAAGCAGUUUUUUCUAAGUAAAUAUUGUAGUGUAUUUGCAAUUAAUCAAAAAUCCAAAGUUUCAAAUUUCCCUGUGUAUUUUAAAAAGUUUAAUAAUCUGAAAUUGAGAAUGGUAAUAAAUUUAGCAAUGUAGUUUUAGAAACAGCUGGUAGAACAGAAUCUGCUGCAGAAGAUUGAGGCAAUGACCAGGUCCUUUUACGGUGAUUGUUUUUCAAAUUUUGCAGGACCAAUGUUUUUGAAGAAAUCAAUUUAAUGGGUAAAGAUACCUUUUUUAAAAUCAUUGUGCUAAAUUGGUUUUUCAGCAGAAUUAUGGCAAUAUUAUGUUAUGCACAUUCACUUUGCAGUGUUAUUCAGAUGUUAAAAUUGGUACACCUGCAUAGAGGAUAUUUUCAAGUGCCCUAUUGGAACAGGCUCCAUUGCAAGUUAGGAUACUUUGAGAUUAAAGUGCCUCACAACAGGCUUGAGGUUAUUGUUUAGUAGGGUCUGACAGGGAUGCCUGAAACCAAAUAGAAUAAGUGAACAAGUCGUGUCACGGUGGCUCAGUGGUUAGCACUGCUGCUCCACAGCGCCAGGGACCCAAAUUCAAUUCCAGCCUCGGGCGACUGUCCAUGUGGAGUUUGCACAUUCUCCCCAUGUCUGCGUGGGUUUCCUCCCACACUCCAAAGCUGUGCAGGUUAGGGUGGAUUGGCCAUGCUAAAUUGCCCAGCAUCUCGGGAUGCGUAGGUUAGGUGGAUUAGCCGUGGAUUGCAGGGAUACAGUAGGUAGGUGGGAUGCUCUUCACAGAGUCAGUGGACUUGUUGGGCCAAAUGGCCUGUUUCCACACCCACACUAGAGAAAUUUCUAUGAAAUUCUAUGAAGUGAAUAGAUUAAUGUGGAGAGCACGUAAUUAGUUUCGUUGCAUUUUUGUAAUGUGCAUGUUGAAAAAUAAAGCUCUGACAAGAAAACUAUGUAUCUGGAUGCUGUCUAAUGUUUAAUGUCUAGUAUUUAACAGUGAGAAAGUAAUAAUUCAUGGAAUAAACAGGACAAGACAUUGGUCCAAAAUUGACUGACCGGAAAUGGAAUAGUGGUUAAUCAAUGUUUUUCACACCAGCAAAAGGUUUGUACAGGAACUCCCCUUGCUUGUCUUGUUGUAAAUAAGUGAUAUAGAUCUUUGGGGUUCUGGGUGCUGCACUUUAGGAAAGAUGUGAUUGUAUUAGAGAAAAGUGCAAAAAAAUUCAUGAAAAUGAUUCCAGGGAUGAGGACCUUCAUUUUACGUAGAGAGAUGGGAGAGGUUGUCAUUGUUUCACUUGGACAAGAGAAGGUUUGAUAGAUGUAUUCAAAAUCAUGAGAGGUUUGGACAAAUUAGAUAGGAAGAAAACAUUCCCACUCGUGAAAGGAUUGAAAACUAGAGAGUAUAGGUUGAAGGUAAUUAGCAAAAGGAGCAAUGGAGAUGUGAGAAAUGUUUUCACACAGUGAGCAGUUAGGCUCUGAAAUGUAUUGCCUGUGUAUGUGGGGAAGUGGGUUCCAUCAGGCAUUCGAGGGAUUGAAUUCUUAUCUGAAAAAGAAGAAUGUGCAGGAUUAUGAGGAGGAGCUAUGAAAAUGGCACUGCAUAAAUUAGUCUUUCAUAGAACCAGUACAGAGACAGUGGGCCAAAAGGCCUUUUCUGUGGAAAUCACUUCUGAUUAUAACGAAAUAAUUUAUUUGGUUAAUGUAAUGUACACAUAAAUUAGACAAAAGGAAAAACAGAUCAUGAAAUUAUAAAUGACUCUUUAAUACCACUCCACAAUCCCUGCGUAUUCUACUCUAGCAUAAACUCUACCUGCCCAUUUAAUCUUAUUCCACACAGCAUGUACACUCUAACUUUAUGGCAGGCUCACCCUCGAGAUUAAAUGGAUAGGUAAUAUUCUGUAUAAAUCCUCACCCGUCCUCGGAGGUAAUCUGAUCCAGAAUAUACAUCUAUUUUAACAUUUUAGUGAUUCAAACUUGGCUUGCUGUCCUCCAUGAAGAACAUGCCUUUUCCUCCCCUUGGUUGCCCCACUCCAUACCUAUCCAUACAAACUGAAUCUGAUGCAAAGGCGUGAUCUUUAAAUGUUUCUGUUUGUAUUGUUACAUUAGCUCAUAUGAGUUAGCAUGUUUCAAUUUUGCUUUCUGGAAUACUGGCCUCUAUAGACUUCAUGGGAGUAAUUCCUUGAUUUUUUUUUUCUCACAAGAUACAGAUUUUGUAAUCCACUGUAUAUAUGAAAUUAUAAUCUGAAGUGGAAUUUUGUGGAUCUUAACCCUAUAAAAGUCAUAAACUAGGUGCUUUUUCACUUUAUUAUUAAUGCGGUUUGACUGUAUCUUGUUUUCUGUAUCGGUGAUGUAACUCAUUCUGUUUUGUUUUUUCCAUUUCCACUUGCUGUUUUAAGGCACAGGAAUUAGUGAAUGAUGCUAGCGUGUAUAAAAGCUGAGAAUAAAAACCCUAGCUUUUAGAAAAUG